CUAGCAGCUGAGGCUGUAGGCGCGGAUGCCGUCACAGAUAUGGUCAAAAUCAAUGAAUCCCUGAACAGGGUAUUCCUCCUUCGUUUCAACAAUGGCUGCGAAGCUAUUGCGCGUUUUCCUACGUCGCUUGCAGGGCCUUCCCACUUCACAACUGCAAGCGAGGUCGCCACGAUUGACUUCUUGCGCCGCCGACUGGGAUUCCCAAUACCAGCAGUCCUCGCAUGGAACUCUCGUGCCGAGAGCACGGAUGUUGGCGCCGAAUUCAUUUUAAUGGAGAAAGCCUCUGGGUGCCUCCUUUCGGACGUUUUGGGUGAUCUGCCCAGAGCUGAACGAGGCAUGUUCGCUAAGACUCUGGGCGAGUGCGAGCGUCAGCUACUAGAGCUCAAAUUUACCCACUACGGCAGCUUGUACUACAAGGAUGAUAUUCCCGCUCCAUUGCGUGCCCCCACAUUACUCGAAGGGAUCUCUCCAGACGACGAGUUGAACUCCAUAUUCUGCAUUGGGCCCAUUGCACGCAGGGACUUUUGGGAGGCUGAACGCGGGAGCAUGAAUAUAGAUAGAGGCCCUUGGCACACUGCAGAGGACUACAUGACAGCCGUCGCGCGUAGAGAGCAAGAUUGGAUACAUAGCUUCAGCACGUUGCAUAUCCUCGACGACCCGAACCGUAUCCUCCCUGGCCAAGGCAGUCGCGACGACCAUGUGGCAUUGUUAUCCGUCUUCACCACGCUUGUCCCCAUCCUCGUCCCAUGUCUCCAUGAACAAGCAAGACCCGUCAUGUGGCACCCCGAUCUGCAUGCUUCGAAUAUCUUCGUCGAAUACUCCGAAGAGCAGGGCACGAUUUCUCCCACAAUCCCACUUACGAUUUCGUCAAUCAUUGAUUGGCAGGGGACGUGGAUUGGACCAGCAUUUUUGCAGCUCCAGGUUCCGCCCCUGUAUCGCAUGGAUGGUGUGCCACCCGGUCGCCAGCUACCUGUGCUUCCCGAAAACUUUGAGGAGCUUUGUGCCAGCGAAAAGGCAGAGGUGGAGGAGAGCCACAAGCGCCGUAUUCACCACAAGUUGUUUGAACUUGCUGCGUUCCCGCUGCCAAUAUUCAAUAUGAAGGCUCGUCAAGAGCGGAUUUAUCUCGAGGACCUUGCUCAAGUGACAUGGAAAUACGGUCUGAUACCCUUUCGGAUGGCGUUGUUUCAUAUUUACCAGCUUUGGGAAGACAUUAUUCCUGAAAGCACAUGUCCCGUGGAAUACUCUUCCGAGGAGUUGGAUGACCUUGAAGCUCAUCAUACUAUGUGGUUACGACAUCGCGAAAUGUUGGAAGAUUUGGACCGAACAUUCAAUUUGGGCGAGUUUGGUUAUAUCAAGGGUGACCUUGAUCAGUUUGAGAAGGUUCGGUUAGCCGUAGAACAGAAGAAACUGGAGUAUAUUGAGUGUGGAAAGGAUGAUGAGGCAAAGAGAGUAAGAGCUCUUUUGUGGCCAUACCGAGAUACAUUGCGAGACCACGACAUCACUACACCGUUGGUUUUACCGUCUGAAUCACAAGCUACUCGGCUGUAAUUUUAUUGACCUCCGUUCGAGAGAGGAGGGGGAACUUGAUGAAAUCCUUAUAUUUGCAUCAGUAUUCAAAGUUAGCUACUUCAAAGGCACCGCUUUCCUCGCACAAUCGUCCUAACUUGCCAAACAGAUGGCCAUAUGACAGAGUUCAUAAAGCUCGAUCUCGAGAUGAUCAGCG